AUGGCACCUACACCAACGAACGGAGAUGGCAGCUCUACAAACUUGCUCAAACCAACUCCAGAUCAAAUCACCAUCCUCUGGCUCAUUGGAGGAUAUAUGGCAGGAAUCUUGAUCCUGUGGCAGAUGCCCUACCUGAAGCACAUCUUGUACCCAUUCAAGUUGGUGACGAUUGGACUACACGAGUUUGGACAUGCGUGCAUGGCAUGUGUGAGUGGUGGAAAGGUCAAAUCAAUCACUGUAGACCCAAACUUGGGUGGACUGACGACCUACGUGGGCAACAGGAGGACACAGUGCCUGGCUCUUCCCGCUGGAUACCUUGGAUCGUCUUUUCUGGGAGCGAUUCUGGUCUUUUGCGCAUUUAACGUGGUAGCAUCCAAGGGAGCAGCGAUCAUGUUGAUCCUUUGUCUCGUGCUGACGAUCUUUUGGGCUAGGAACUUGUUGGCGUUUGGUGUCUGCUUGUUCUUUGCCGGUAUUACAGCCUUGCUCUGGUGGCUCGACGGUGGCAAGUACCUCAAAUACUUUACUCUCUUCCUUGGUGUGAUGAGCUGCAUUUACAGUAUUCUGGAAAUUCUGGAUAUGCUGGUGCUUCGCAAGUCGAACGGCUCGGACGCAGAACAGUUUGCUGAAAAGUACGGCAUCUUCCCAGCCCAAGGGUGGGGUUUCAUCUGGCUGAUUAUCUCCUUGAUCUUCCUUGUGGGCGCAGUCCUUGCUGGUCUUGCGGCUUUCAAGGAUGAUGAUGCUAAUAAUAGCUCUGGUACCGGCAAGUAA